UUAAACUAUAUAAAACAUUUUAAUAAUCAAAGGCAUAUCGUUUAAUUAAAAAAAAUAAUAAAUCCAUACGUCACGAGCAGCUGCAACGUCAUAUUUACGCGUCGGUGUUUUUGUAAAAGCCGCCGUACUGCAGCUUCUGAGCUCGCAGACAGCAUCAUGGUGGUGUUUCCGAGUUCACUGACGGAAGAAGAGGAGGCCCUGCAAAAGAAAUAUGCCAAACUGAAGAAAAAGAAAAAGGCGCUGCUUGCCUUGAAGAAGCAAAGUUCCACCAACCAGACAAACCAGAGUGGCUUGAAACGGACGUUGUCGGACCAGCCCGUCGUCGACACUGCAACAGCGACGGAGCAAGCGAAGAUGCUCAUCAAGUCGGGAGCCAUCAGCGCAAUCAAAUCGGAGAACAAGAACUCGGGCUUCAAACGCUCUCGAAUGCUGGAGAUAAAACUCAAGGACCCCGAGAAAGGCCCAGUUCCUGCUUUCCAACCGUUCCAGAGGAGCGUUUCUGCAGAUGAAGAACAACCUGAGUCUGGCAAGAGAGCCCAGAGGAAAUCUCUGUACGAGAGCUUUGUCAGCUCAAGUGACAGAUACCGGGAGGAGGAAGAGGGAGGCAGUAUGCCAUCCAGCCGCGACAUGGACCGAGAUCGAGAUCGAGACCGAGAUCGAGACCGAGACCGUGAACGAGAACGAGAGCGAGAGCGAGAGCCGGACAGGGAGCGGGACAGAGACAGAGAUAGAGACCGGGAACGGGAGAGGGAGAGAGACAGGGGCAGGGAGAGAGAACGAGACCGGGAACGAGAAAGAGACCGAGACCGAAGCAGAGACAGGGAUCGAGAACGAGACAGGGACCGGGAAAGAGACAGAGACGGACCAUUCAGACGGUCGGACUCUUACCCAGAGCGUAGGGGAGUGCGAAAGGGGAACACGGUGUAUGUGUACGGCUCUGGGCUUGUCGAGGACGGCCUGCGCUCUGCCUUCUCUCAACAUGGAAACAUCAUCGACCUCUCCAUGGACAACCCACGCAAUUGUGCAUUUAUCACGUUUGAGAAGAUGGAGUCUGCAGACCAGGCUGUGGCCGAGUUAAAUGGAAGCACGGUGGGAGACGUUCACAUCAAAGUCAGCAUCGCCAGGAAGCAGCCAAUGCUUGACGCCGCCACCGGCAAAUCUGUGUGGGCUUCGCUGGCUGUGCAGAACAGCACCAAAGGCUCCUACAGGGACAAGAGGAACCAGGUCGUGUACAGUGAGGAUAUAUUCUGAUGGGAGAAAAAUAAAUAGUUUUUUGUAUUUUGGCAUAGAGUUUUUUCGUGUUUUGUUUUAAUCAACUGUUACUUAGCUGUCAAAUUUGUUGUUGGAUGAAUACAAAUCUUCUGUUGGAAAAAUAGACGACUGUUUUUCACAUGAUUGUUAUGUGAUGGCAUGUGGCAGCUUUGCUCAAGAUAUUGUUUGGAGCUUAAUAAAAUGGUAUCCAUACACCGUUA